AUGGCGCCCGCUGCUGCGGUCACAAGCGAUGGUCGCGCAUCAUCCGCUCAUCCAAGGUCAGUGAUUGCCUUCUCCGACUUUACGAUAUAUCCCCUGACUCUUCCCAGUGAGCGUGCACGAUACGCAGGCCAGGCUAUCCAAACGUCCAUGUCGUACUGGUCCGCAACUACGUACACAUCCGUCGCCCCAAGUACACGGGCGCCAAGUAUGUCGCGCCGCUCAUACACUGCUUCCGAAUCGAUCAAUGUGCGAGCUCUCAACGGCUUCCAGUCGCGCGACCGCCAUACUUUACAGCCUGGGUUAUCCGGGUUGGAGUUCCACACCGAACGUUCCACCACCAAGGGCCCUCAGGGGCUCCAGCAGCCGGCCAAGAUCGAUGGAUACUCGACCACCGUCAACGCUACUGGCCAACCAUCGCUCGUUAAGAAGCUCGCCGUCUUCGUGAUCUGUGCGUUCUUUGUACUUUGGCUAGUACGAUUUGCCACUGAGAGCAUAUUGACUCUGGUUCCCUUUGCCGGCCUGGUAUGGUUGGUGUUCGGUGGGUUCCAGAUGCUUGAGCAGCAACAGCAGUCAGCUCAGCCGUCGCCGAUGAUAGACGACGACGACGACGACGCGUCUUGCGGUAUUUGUACUACUGGAGACAUCAUGCCCUUAAUUGAGGCAAUGAUGCUCGACCGACAGACCGCUCAUGAAGAGUCGAAAGUGCCACAGUGGUUAGCCAGCUUUCGGGAUAUGUCUGCAGGCAGCGACCAGUGGAUGUCGUCUCUCGGAAACGAAGAGCAUCUGCCUCUCACUACCGCCAUCGCACCAGGUGCUCAAGGUUCUACGGAGAUGUCCCACACUACCGAACCCCAGUGCGAAAUCGUCGGAGAAGAAGACGCUGUCGAACCUGCUUGCCCCAGCAGUGACCACAUAGCAGCACUUCAGCGUCAGCAUGGCAACCUUGUCUUCAACGACACUGAUCAGUGGGCCCCGGGUGGUCGACUUUAUGACCAACGCAUGGCCAAUCAUCUCGAGCCUAUCUUCAUUGAUGGUGAUGGUCAGGCAUACGAGGAUGUCGACGGAUGGUUUGGACGACCCACCAACGCAGAUGCGCAGGACAUCGCCUUCCUUCUCCACGUUUUGGAACCACAUCUUCCGGAAGACCUGAAAGCAGCGAUUGGAGCCCAGUCUUUGGAUACACUCAUCAAGACGCGCGCACAAAAUGGCGAGAAUGCUCUCCUCCAGGAACUCGAGAAGUGUUGGUACAUCAUGUGCCCCGGUACUGUCGUCGCGCCUGGAGCGCCCAUCAAGACGCUACAAGACAUCAAGACCAUCAUCGAGGGGAAUCGGAGGAAAUAUACCCCUGCAUGCCACUUUGAUGUACGCCAUUAUGUGGGACUAGAUCACCCUUGCCGACCAUAUCUCACGGAAUAUGAAGAGAUGGCGAUCAAUGAAGGUAUCUCGGACUACAACAUCCGCAACUGGAGCAUCGACUUCAAGCCCUCAUUCAUUCGUGAAGCCACAGAGGGCAAGCCAGAGCACGCCUUGAUCGAAAGCUAUGAGCGGAUUCCCGAUUGGAUAGAAGACAUCGGCCAAGGCGACCUACUUGAUCCAAAUGCCUUCCACGAGUGUCCAUGCGGACAGGUCGCGAUGUCAACGCUCGGUAGCUACCGCGACGAAAAGGAGCACAACUACAAGGAGAUGAAAGACUUCGCAUCCUUCUUCCUUAUCGAAGUCCUCGACGGUAGCGAGCUCCAUGACGCCAUGGCUGACCUGGUUCAGUUCCCGGAUUAUCCCGAGCAUGCGACACCGCCUCGUUCCCAGGAGAUCGUCCAGAACUGUGAGCUGCAUAAGACGACCACCAAGAACAUCUUUGUCCUAGUCGACACAUCAGCCGAGGACAUCAACGAGCGCAUCAGCCGUCCUGGUGGUUUACUUCCUGCGCCGGGAAUUACAUCCCCGUCUUACCCCCCUGGCUUCCAGACUACCAUCGGGUUCUCGGAGAUUCCUUACCGUCUGCUCGCCCCUCGGUGUGAGCACGGUCGCUUGCAUCAGCUUGAGUUCACGCCUCAGACGAUGGCGAGCAGGAUGAUGAACGCGAGUCAGAUCGGCUGUACACACUGCUUUCCGCAUGGCCACAUUGUUACUCGAUGUCAGGAGUGUCUAGAGCAUUGCUAUGCUCUGGCUGAGCCGCACGGCAUGUGGACGCAGCUCGAUGCCGCAUAUCAUCCGACGGUAGACGUUGCUCAAGAGCAACACCAGGGCCACGACUUGGCACAGAAUGUGCAGUCUAGGCGGGCAAAAGCCUUGAUCGCUGGGACUACGCGCGCGGCACUUCACCCACCCGGUAUGUCCUUUCUUGGUCCUCUUGUUAGAUCUCCGGCUGACCUCAAACCUGCAGGCCGACAGCAGUAUGCCAACUUCCCCAUUAACCCAGAUUUCGAGGCAGCGAUGCAGCGCGCCAACUGGGAAUGA